CAUCGUACGACAGAUUGUGGCCGUGUUUGUAAUCACGUAUUUGAUACCGGUCUAACUAACUAGUCUCGUAACCUUACCCUUGUAGAGUUUUCUGAUAGCAAUAACGCGAGAAGCCGUUUCAAACCAAACUUAUUGGCGUAUUUCAUUGAUUUACUUAUGUAAUCAAGCACUUCCCAAGUGCGAUAUUGUUUGUUCUGUCUACGUGCGAAAGACCGUGAUUUUAAGAUGACACUUCGUUGGGGCAUCGUAAGCGCUGGCAAAAUCUGCCAUGACUUUGUGAACGGGUUUAAUUCGUACCCCGAUGUGGGAGACCAGGUCAUCGCCGCAGUGGCAGCCAGGGACAAAAGCCGAGCUGCAGAGUUCGCGAAAUUGCACAACAUCCCGAAGGUGUUCGGGAGCUACCAGGAACUGGCUCAGAGCAAAGACAUUGAUAUCGCUUACAUCGGAGUUCUGAAUCCUGAUCAUUAUAAUAUUACAAAGCUCUUCCUCGAGAAUGGAAAGCACGUGCUGUGUGAAAAACCUCUUUGCUUGAACUUGAAGCAAGCACAGAGUUUGAUCAACAUAGCCAAGCAAAAGAAGCUGUUUUUGAUGGAAGCAGUUUGGUCUCGCUUCUCGCCGGUGUAUCUGAGGCUGGAAGAAGAGAUAAAAGCUGGAAAAAUAGGAGAGGUGAAACACGUGGAUGUGAAUUUUGGAGUCCCCAUAGUGGCUGUAGACAGACUCAGAAAGAAGGAGCUUGGCGGCAGUGCGAUACUGGAUAUCGGAAUAUACACGCUGCAAUUUGCGCAAUUCAUAUUCAAAGAUGAGCCCAAAAAAGUAACGGCUGUUGGUAACCUUAACGAGCUGGAAGUAGACAUAAUUGACACCGUGGUCCUGGAGUAUGAAGGCGGCAGGCGCGCUGUUAUUAACAUUGACUCGACUGUAAAGUUGUGGAAUAAGGCAACUGUCGUAGGCACUAAAGGCAGGAUGACGAUUGAAGAUCCUUUCCAUUUCCCAGAAGUUUUGAUCCACGUUGAUGGCACAGUAGAAAAAAUUCCACUGCAUACUUCUAACAUUACAUUCUUCUUUGAAAACAGCGCGGGACUUGUGUUCCAGACACUCGAAGUGGUNGCUAUAACAUUUGCAGGCCUUUUGGAGUCUCCAAGGAUGCCGCACAAAGAGAGUCUUUUGUUGGCGAAACUUGAAGACACUGUGAGAAAACAAGUUGGUGUGCAUUAUGACGUGGAUGACGAAGAAUACCCUUAAAACUGAUGUUACAAUUAUUUUCUAAAAAUAUUUAAGAAGGUAGAUUUAUACUUUUAUGUCAGAGCUUGGGCUUGGCCUACCUACUUAUGAUAAAAUCACAUCCAGUUUACAUGGCGAAUAAAACCAUAUUUUAAAAAGUUAACAUAAAUAAACUAUGUAAACAAAUGAAAAUAAUCAAAGAAAAUUCAAUAAAAACUGUCCCAAAAUAUGUCAGCAACUUAAAUUGAUGUGUACAGAAAGCAAAAAAUCUCUGUGCAGUGUUCACUAUGCAUUAAACAGUCCAAUAAAUUCGCGAGUGGCAUGACUCAA